AUGACAGCUCGUAACCAACUAGCGCUAAGGCCCAGCCCCGGGGCCCCGGAGCCGCACUCGGAUCCGCACUCGCCGCUAAAGAGCGAGACGUCUGUCAGUUUGGAGAUCACUUCCAUCAUUAUGCUCUGUAUCAUUGAGUGGGGAGCCAGUUUGGUCCAUAGUACCGUUAGAAUCCCGCGCGCUGAUGUACCGGUACCGCUUGCCAUGAUCCCGUCAAGUCUGGUCCUUUAA